GGGUGGAAUCUCUGUUCUCAGAGAUAUCCAAUAUCCAUGGUCCCACUGUUGACCUUGCUUGAGCAGUUGUUGAAACAGAUUGUCUCCAGAGGUGCCUUCUAGCCUCUCGAGCACUGACUCUGCCUCUGUACCUGUGCUGUCAGCCCAGGAGAUUGCUGCUGGCUGCUCACAGCACCUGACCAGGAGGAUGCUGAGCCAGGCCUGGGUGGAGGCUGGAAUACUGGCAGGGCUGCUUUGGGCUGGGUCCCACAGUCUCUGACUCCUGUCAUUGCCCCUCCAAGGACUCUGCUUCAGCCUUGGAACUUUCAUGUUUCUCCUCAGGCUGGCAAAUUUGAAUUUUAAAAUACCUUUUCUAACUCCCUAGUCACUUUUGAAUCCUGCUGCUGCUCAUAUUGCACCUUUAAUAAGGAUUUUGGGACAAGCAGCCUUCAGACAAGAAUCACCUGUUCAUUACCACCUUCAUUUUGCAGGGUUCCUUUCUAGGCCAGUUGCCAUCAUUGGGCUGGGUGAGACCCCCAGAUCAGCAGAGAAGAAGGUGAGUUUUGAGGCAGAGCACAUGGGAAAUUUGCCCUCUCUGGGUAAGCCCAUCGCUUGUUCUUCUGUGCUCCUCAAAACUGCCCAGAUGAAGGCAGGUUUCCCAUGGUGCUGCCUGCAACCUGCCUGCCCUGGGGCAAGGGGCUGGACUCACCAUCCUGGGCCUCCAGCAGUGCUAAGGACAGUGGUGACAGGGCAGGAUGGGAAAGUGCCCGAGAGACCCCGGGCACCUCCUCACCACCACACUCAGAGCACGGGAGGCAGCGGGACCCCCGGCCAGCUCGGGUGAAGGCCACGGGUAGGCUCAGAAGAGAUUGCACAGAGCCAGGGACACAGCAUGGCCAAGCCCCAGCUGGGCUGCAGCCAAGCCCAACCCCAAGGCCAUCCAGCCCAACCAGGGCUGGCAGCGGGGGACAGCAGGGGGGGACAGCAGAGGAGGGACGUGCCCCAGCACUGCAUAAAAAGCCCCAGCAGGGACAGGGAGCAGGCGACACUCUCAGGAGAUCCCAGAGCAGCACUGCCAGAGCUGUAGGAGAAGGGCCAUGGAGCAGUACUUCUCAGCCACCCAGAAGAUGGAGCAGGAGGUGAUGUUCCCCAGCCUGCUCCGAGGGGUCUUCCCGCAGCAGGAGGGGGCAGCCCCGGCCGCGGAGAGCCGCACGGACCUGUACGAGCGCUACCAGCUCCUCAAGGCCAUCAAGCCCAUGGUGGAGAAAGGCCUGGCCUCUGUCGGGGACCAGAGCCCCACCGGUGCGGACGCCGACGUGGACGCGUCCUCGGACAGCAACGAGGCCGGAGAUGCCCAGCUCGAGGAGCGCCUGUCCCACCACCUGACUGGCCUGCAGCAGGUCCUCACCCACCUGACCAGGGACACCAACGCCCUGACCCGGAGGUACAGCCAGAUCCUGGAGCAGAUCAACCUCAGCGAGGGCCAGCCCAGCUGGUGACCCUGUCCUGGCCACCAGGACAGGUGCUGGUGUCAGGAAGCACAAGACGUCCCCGUCGCUGACCAUCACAGGCUCUUCC